GCCGCCGAGUUCUGGCGGAAGUUCCCGAGCGGAGCCGAGCUGAAGGCGACAGGAGCGCGUAGCAGAACCAGGAGACGUGAACAGCUGGAUCUCUGACUGUUUUCCAGCCGCCGACAGGUUAAAGGAUCCCCGCAGAGAUGGCCGCUCUAUCCAGCUGGGAGACGUGCAUCAAAUACGCCCUCUUUACCUUCAACUUUGUCUUCUGGCUUGGAGGCACUGCAGUGCUGGCUGUGGGACUCUGGCUGCGCUUCGACUCCAGGACCAAAGGACUGUUCGAAGGAGAAGAGUCCCCCUCUGUCUUCUUCACUGGGGUGUACCUCCUGAUUGCUGCUGGAGCUCUAAUGAUGGUUGUGGGAUUCCUGGGAUGCUGUGGCGCAAUUAAAGAGUCGCCGUGCAUGCUGGGAUUGUUCUUCCUCUUCCUGCUCAUCAUUUUUGCUGCUGAAGUGGCUGCAGGAAUCUGGGGACUCUCCAACAAAGAGAAGGUGAUAGACGAUGUCACUGAGUUUUAUAAGCAGACCUUUGACAACUACAAGAACACCAAACAGGAAGCAUUGAGGGAGACGCUUCGCGCCAUCCACUACGGGCUGAGCUGCUGCGGCAUUACAGGAACUCUGCUCGAUGGUAGCAAAGACAUCUGUCCAAAGCAGGAAGGACUGGAGCUCUUAGUAACCAAGAGCUGCCCAACCGCCAUUGACGAGGUAUUCAACAGCAAGCUGCACAUCCUUGGAGGAGUUGGCAUUGGUAUCGGAGUCAUUAUGAUUUUUGGAAUGAUCUUCAGCAUGUUGCUUUGUUGUGCCAUCAAGAAGUCCAGGGACUUUAUGUAAAAAUGAAAAACAUCUAUUUUCUUUAUUUUAACAAAUGUCCUCACCAUUGUAAUCUGCUGCUUUAGAGUUUAAGCCAUUUUAAUACUAGACGUCAGUCAUUCCUUGGUUUGUUAGUUGGAUUCAUACAGGAUGGCCACAUCGGCCUGUGAGUGUAUGGAGCUUCAGUCAUUAAUUAUUUUUGUACACAGAAGGCAAAACUGAACUUUAAUUUUAUUUUUUUGGCUUACCAAAAUCAAAUAAUUUGUAGUUUACACGAAGAGACAAAAGGGAACACUUAGGACUCUUAUCGGUUUCUUAUUUUAAAUCUUUUAUGUUAAUAUCCCUUCUGUUUUUGUUUACCAAAUGCCUAAAAUUAAAUGUGCUGUAGCCUGAUUAUUUGUGGAUUACUAAAUGUUUUAUUUUGACAGUGUGCAUAAGGAGCUAUUUUCUGUUUUGUUUUUUUAUAUCAAGAACUGUGGAGUUUUAUGCAAAUAUUAUGAAUACAGUUCAUGUGUUUAAGAUGCCAAAUAAGGAUCUAAUAAACAUUCAUUUUGUGUUACACCAAA